UCUCCAACCAAAUUGACAAAUUUAUUACAAUUACCUUUGUUUUAAUUAUUUUUUAAUUACCGGGUGAGUUUCCCUCUCUGUUUCCCAAGACUCCAUGAAAGCACACCUUCCCUUAUUGCUAUAUAUAUAUAUACGCAUUAUAUAAGCAUGUAUAGCUUCACUCAACACAUCUCACAAACCAACCUUUCUUUCAAAACCCACAUUCAUAAUUUCCUUUUCUUUCUUCACUUACUCGAUUAUUAUUGUAUUGUUCUUCGCUUGGAAAGUUUCUUUCUUUUUUCUUUUCCCUUUUUUUUCCGUCGCAAUUAUUUCUUCGUGAUCGAUCAGCCAUGAACGCCCUCGCCGCAACAAGCCGCAAUUUCCGCAAAGCGGCGCGUCUUCUCGGUCUUGACUCCAAGAUUGAGAAGUCUCUCUUGAUCCCCUUUAGAGAGAUCAAGGUGGAGUGCACGAUUCCUAAGGACGAUGGAAGCUUGGUGUCGUACGUUGGAUUCAGAGUGCAACACGACAAUGCACGUGGACCAAUGAAAGGAGGGAUCAGAUAUCAUCCUGAGGUUGACCCAGAUGAAGUAAAUGCAUUGGCUCAACUUAUGACUUGGAAGACUGCUGUGGCAGACAUUCCUUAUGGUGGAGCGAAAGGUGGAAUUGGGUGCAAUCCUGGGGAGUUAAGUACGAGUGAAUUGGAGCGUCUCACCCGUGUCUUUACACAAAAAAUCCAUGACCUCAUUGGUAUUCACACUGAUGUCCCAGCACCAGAUAUGGGAACCAAUGCCCAGACAAUGGCAUGGAUUUUGGACGAGUACUCUAAAUUUCAUGGUCACUCACCUGCAGUUGUGACAGGAAAGCCUAUUGACCUUGGAGGAUCGCUUGGUAGGGAGGCUGCAACUGGGCGCGGUGUUGUUUUCGCAUCAGAAGCUUUACUUGCUGAACAUGGGAAAUCAGUCAAUGGUUUGACGUUUGUUAUUCAGGGGUUUGGAAAUGUGGGAUCUUGGGCAGCCAAGCUCAUUCAUGAGAGAGGUGGCAAGAUUAUUGCCAUAAGUGACAUCAGUGGGGCAAUUAAUAACCCAAAUGGCAUUGAUAUACCAGAGUUGCUGAAGCACAAAGCAUGUGGCGGAAGCUUACUAAAUUUCGCAGGUGGAAAUGCCAUGGAUCCAAAUGAACUGCUUGUUCACGAAUGCGAUGUUCUCAUCCCUUGUGCUUUGGGAGGAGUUCUGAACAAGGAAAAUGCCGCAAGUGUUAAGGCCAAAUUCAUAGUAGAGGCAGCAAACCAUCCAACCGAUCCAGAAGCUGAUGAGAUUCUAUCUAAAAAAGGAGUUAUCAUACUUCCUGACAUAUAUGCAAAUGCUGGCGGUGUGACUGUUAGCUACUUUGAGUGGGUUCAGAAUAUUCAAGGUUUCAUGUGGGAUGAAGAUAAGGUAAAUAGUGAGCUUAAGAAAUACAUGACCAGAGCUUUUCACAACAUCAAGAACAUGUGCAAGACGCACGAUUGUAAUCUCAGAAUGGGAGCCUUCACUUUGGGCGUAAACCGGGUUGCUCGCGCCACUGUUCUAAGGGGAUGGGAAGCGUGAAGAGCUUCAAUCAACAUGUUGCAUUUCUUGUAUUAUUGUUGUCUUCAGAUACAUGUAUUGUUUACUGCCGAACAAAGCGGCUUAGAAGCAAUUUUUACUUUCCCUUCAAAAGUGUCAACUGAGUCAGUUUUGGGCAGUUUACUAAUUUAAACAGUUUAUCAGAAAAUAAAUGUUUUUCCUAUCAGUUAUGUUGUAAUCCUUAGUACCAUUGUUUUCAAUUGAAGAAUCAUUAUUUCUAAGAA